CAUGGCGGCGGCGGCUGUGGGGGCAGCGGACUCCUUCGCCCGCGGCGGCCCAGCGGCUGUACGGCUGCCGCGGUCGCCGCCGCUCAAGGUGCUGGCCGAGCAGCUGCGGCGCGACGCGGAGGGCGGCCCGGGCGCGUGGCGGCUGUCGCGGGCGGCGGCGGGCCGCGAGCCGCUGGAGCUGGUGACCGUGUGGAUGCAGGGCUCGGUGCUGGCGGCGGGCGGCGGCGAGGCGCGGCUGCGGGACCCGAGCGGGGCCUUCGUGGUGCGCGGCCUAGAGCGGGUCCCGCGCGGGCGGCCCUGCCUGGCCCCAGGAAAGUAUGUGAUGGUGAUGGGAGUGGUCCAGGCGUGCAGCCCUGAGCCCUGCCUUCAGGCCGUGAAGAUGACCGAUCUUUCCGACAACCCCAUCCACGAAAGCAUGUGGGAACUGGAAGUGGAGGAUUUACACAGGAAUAUUCCUUAGAUGACAUUGGAACCAGUGCUAAAAACAGCAGAAAUCCUGAAACAAUUUAGGUUCCGACACCAUGUGGAUUUCACGGGUACCGUCCUAUGUCUAUUUCUUAAAAGUUUCUCAAAGAGCUUAGCUUUGGUUGACCAAGGACUCCGGAGGUGGGAUUUCUAAACGCUGGGACACUCCACUUAACUCAGCCCUCGUGUUCCUUGCUUUGACGACUGUUUGCAGAUGAAAAGCAGAUGUGUGCUCUGUUCUUGUUUUUUUGCUUUUGUUCCCUUUUGGUUUGCGUGUGCUAAUUCCCUUUAAAGCCUGCAGAAAUCUCAUGUUACAUUUUCCACAUUUUACGAGUGCUGAUAACUUUUUCUGUUGCUGCUGUGACCCUGUUUUUGCGAUGCAGAAUCUGAACGUCACUCCUUGCCGGUGGUGAUUUAAUUGUGGUUGUGGGCAGGGAAGCAGACUUCCGGAAAUGGGAAUGACCUCGUGGGCCCACCUCUUCUCCCAUCGACAACUUCCAUAUCCAGUUUGCAAGUCAGACAGCGUUUUCCUGCUGUGGACACCAGCAGCCUCUCAGAGACAGUAGACGGUUCUUGUCUCUGAACCAUGUAAGGUACAUUCCUUGGAGAUAUGGAUGGUAACACCUGUCAUUCUUCCUCACUUGGAGAUGUUGAAACACUCGGAAAGUUUCUUGUUGAAACUAAAAUCAAGGUUGAGAAUGACUUUUAGGCAUUAACUAAACUUCUGCAUCAUAACUUUUAGUGAGACACCGUAAGGGAGCGACCUUCUGGUGUGGAAGCUUCCCCCGCCCCCCCCCAUUCUCAGUUUUAUUGAGAUAUAAUUGACAUACAGCACUGUAGAAGUGUAAGGUGCACAGCAUGAUGAUUUUAGAGUUCUUACGUUUUCUGGAUGGAAUGACUUUCUCACGAUCAAAUUCAGUGUGGGUUUCUGCUCUCUGCUACUUACCAUGCCUUAUUUUUCCUGAGAUUGUAAAUAUCAAGGGAGUCAGAUGAUAUUCCCACGUUGCUGUAGAGUUUUGUUGGACUAUGGAUCAUCUACCACUAAUAAAUUAUAUUCUGUAUCUUUUAAAAAAUGGA